UACCUAUUAGGACGUAAUGUGGUAAAAACUGUUUUUCUCAUAGUCUAUCGCACAUCCAAUCGACAGGCAGGAUGAAGUACGUUACGUUCCUCCUCGUUUCCGUCAUCGUUUCCAUCGUGACAGGAGUUCCCGAUAAUAGCGAACGCGUUACGAAUGGCGUUCAAGCGGCAGCCGGAGAUUUCCCUUACAUCGUUUCAGUCACUGUUGGAGGAGGACACAUUUGCGGGGGAUUCAUCUAUAACGAAUAUUGGAUUGUAACAUCCGCUGCUUGCGUAUACAACUAUUUACCGAGCGAAUUACGCAUAACAUUGGCGCAAUUAUCUCUGAUUGCCGACGACCCUGAAGAGAAAGUUCUUGCCAUAUAUCGAAUUGUUUUGUUUGACGGCUACGAUUACACUUCCGGAUUGCACGACAUUGCACUGUUGCAGACUGCUACACCCAUCGAGUUCAGCAGCAACAUCAAUUUCAUUCCUUACGAUGAGGCGCGAGAAUCUCCAACCGAAAAAGGCAUUUUCGCCGGAUGGGGAGCUACUUAUGAGGGAGGUCUAGGCACGUCUAGGCUGCGUUCAAUCGAAGUUACAUUCGGAUCCGAUUGUAAAGCUUAUGGUGAAGAUCAGUACUAUCCGAAUUACAUGCUGUGCGCUGGAGGCUCUGCAGUAGAUCCUGGAAACCCCUGCUCCUUUGAUGAAGGUUCACCAUUGGUACAAGAAAUUAAUGGGGUACGUUAUGCUGUCGGUAUCAUGUCAAAGAACAAGGGAUGCGGAGCCACUGCCGAACCAACCAUCUACACUCGAACUAUGCCAUAUUAUCCAUGGUUCGUCAAAGUAGCCGGAGAUCAACCUACGCCCGUCUGAAAAGAAAUGAAAACAUUUACUUUUGCAUAAACGUUUUGGAAUACCUAUGUUAUGUACAAAAGAUCAAUAAAAUUACCGGAUUCAUUCCGAAAUACAAGUUGCGUUUAACAGACA